AUGGUGAAGAGUCAGCAGUGUGAGAAGGCAGCUGUGAAGAAAGGGCCAUGGAGCCCUGAUGAGGAUCACAAGUUGAUAGCUUACAUUCAGAGAUAUGGUAUUUGGAAUUGGAGUCAGAUGCCAAAACCUGCUGGUCUGGCAAGGUCUGGGAAAAGUUGUAGGCUUCGUUGGGUGAAUUACUUGAGGCCGGAUAUCAAGCGCGGAAGCUUCAGCAAGGAGGAAGAGGAGGCCAUACUCAAGUUGCAUGAAACAAUGGGAAAUAGAUGGUCUGCUAUUGCUGCAACACUUCCUGGAAGAACAGAUAAUGAAAUUAAAAAUUACUGGCACACCCACUUGAAAAAACGCUUCAAGGCGACUGAACCAGCACAAGAAGCACAAGUGUUCAAUGACAAGAAGAAGAAGUUUUCUGAAACUGAACUCUUUCUUCUGGGUGAAGCUCCAAAGGCAUCAAAUUUGGAGACAACGUCAACUUCAUCAAGCUCUGGUCCUGUUCAUGUUGAUCAUAAUAAAGACCAGAUUGCAGAGCAGAACAUUUGUGCAUCUGAAACAUUUGGUGAACUACAAAGUUUGUGGGCACAGUCACACAUUGUGCAGGAUUCUGAGGCAAUAUUUACAGAUCCUGGAUUCACAUUAUCCAAUCCUCCAACUCAGUGUUGGCUGCAAGAGCCCAUAUUCCCUGCUGGUUCAUCAUACAAUGACGCCUCCUAUGAUUAUUGGAUUAAUUUAUCAAUGCAGGCUGAAAUAGAUGGAAUCUGAAAAUGUUCAAUCAAAUGCCAAUAGUUAGGAGUUUGUUUCAACUUUGGAACUAAUGGGAAUUGUAUGUCUUGCCAUUU